UCUCCAGCCGCGCGGCCCCGGAUGUGGUGGCUGCCGGGGGCAGAUGGCGGAGGCAGAAGGGGUGGCCACGGUCCCAGGCCCAGCUUCGAGGCCGACUUUCCGGGGCCGCGGCGCUAUGUCAGGCUCCUUGGAGAGGGACCAGCAGGUUGAGGCGGCGCAGCGGGCCCUGGUGGAGGUGCUGGGGCCUUACGAGCCUCUGCUGAGCCGGGUGCAGGCAGCACUUGUUUGGGAGAGGCCAGCCAGAAGCGCCCUGUGGUGCCUGGGGCUGAACGCGGCUUUCUGGUUCUUUGCACUGACAUCCCUUCGUCUUGUAUUUUUACUUGCAUUCAGCUCAAUGAUCAUAGUGUGUAUAGAUCAAUGGAAGAACAAAAUCUGGCCUGAAAUAAAAGUGUCAAGACCCGACGCAUUAGACAAUGAGAGCUGGGGCUUUGUGCACCCUCGGUUACUCAGCGUGCCCGAGCUCUGUCACCAUGUAGCUGAAGUCUGGGUUAGUGGGACCACUUUCAUAAGGAAUCUUUUGCUUUUCAAAAAGCAAAACCCAGGCAAGUUCUGCUUGCUGAGCUGUGGAAUACUGACCUUUUUGGCUGUCUUGGGCCGCUACAUCCCUGGGCUCCUGCUGUCCUAUUUAAUGCUUGUCACUAUCAUGAUGUGGCCCCUUGCUGUGUACCACCGACUGUGGGAUCGAGCCUAUGUACGGCUGAAGCCAGCUCUGCAGCGGCUGGACUUCAGUGUCCGCGGCUAUAUGAUGUCCAAGCAGAGAGAGAGACAACUGCGCCGCAGAGCUCUGCACCCAGAACAUGCCCUGGACAACCAGAGUGACAGUGAAGAAGAGCUUGCUGCCUUCUGUCCUCAGCUGGAUGAUUCUACUGUUGCCAGGGAAUUGGCCAUCACAGACUCUGAGCACUCGGAUGCUGAGGUCUCCUGUACAGACAAUGGCACAUUCAAUCUUUCACGGGGCCAAACACCUCUAACAGAAGGCUCUGAAGACCUAGAUGGUCACAGUGAUCCAGAGGAAUCCUUUGCCAGAGACCUUCCAGACUUCCCUUCCAUUAAUGUGGAUCCUGCUGGCCUGGACGAUGAGGAUGAUACCAGCAUUGGAAUGCCCAGCUUGAUGUACCAUUCCCCACCAGGGGCUGAGGAACCCCAGGUCUCCCCAGCCAGCCGUGACGAGAGUACACUGCCGGAGCUCCUGCUUGGUGCCCUGCCUGCAGGAUCCAACCUCACCAGCAACUUUGCCAGCCUGGUCUCCCAGGGCAUGAUCCAGCUGGCCCUGUCAGGGGCCUCCCAGCCUGGCCCUUCUGGCCAACCUCCCCGGAGAGCAACCAGAGGCUUCCUCCGGGCCCCCAGCUCAGACCUGGACACUGAUGCUGAGGGGGAUGACUUUGAACUUCUGGACCAGUCAGAGCUGAGUCAGCUGGACCCUGCCAGUUCCAGGAGCCACUGAAGCAGAGACUCCUUUGGGGGGAGUCACUGUGGCUUAGGGUUUUUUCUCCUCAUCCCACUAAAGGUGAAGGGGCAAGGGAAGAACCCAGGUCCCAUCCCCUGA